AUGGAAGAGGUCUUGAAGUGGGGUGAUGAUGAGUCCGGACAGAAGCUCAAGUCCCUUUUGCGCCUCGAUGCCCGCUCCGACGCGUCCUUACUGAGAGGCGUGGAUCGACGUGGACUCAUUCAGAUAUACAACGAUGGCAUAGAUGGUCCGCCUAUGCCUACACGAGAACCCCACGUUUUUCUCUAUUCCGACGAAGAGAUUCUCAUUCAGGUCAGCCAGAGCAUCUUUCAUCUCAAGGCAGUCGACGCCGAGGAGGAGCCGAGAGAGGAUAUCCCUCCACUGGAAGGCGGCGAAGACUUUGAGACAAGGCAGAUACUCGAGCUUUGGGGCGGAUUGGAGUGGAGUCAUACUGAAAAUGUUACGUGGACGGAAAAUCAGGCGGAUUUGGACGACCAGGUCUGGGAUGGAUGGGAUGCAGAUUAA